AUUUUUAAGGUUAGAAUCUUUUCCACAGUCCCUGCAAAUAGGUUAUGUUUACCAAUGGGAUUUCUUUAAAAUGUUGCGUUUUAAUUUGUUUCGAAAAUUCGUAUCGUUUCACAGCAGGAAUGUGGCUUUUGCAAAUUCCAGAAAUAAAUCUACCGCAGUCGAUAUUGAAAAAUUAGAUCAAGAUACCACAAGCAUUGAUGUUGUUGACGAUGAGCUUAAAUCGCGCGAAGAAGAGAUCCAGCGUAAACGCAACAAAUCCCGACUAAAAGAAUCCGACCGGAACUUUUUGUUUGAAAAGGAUCCAUAUCCAGAACCAACGCGUUGGCACCAUGGUACUCUAAAAUACAUGCGAAGAUUAUAUGGGCGUUAUGGAGAGGCCAGCGGUGUCGAUCCUGCCAUUUGUUGGCCCGUGAAGGAAGAGUUAGAAGAAGCAAUUGAGUAUGAACAAGUGGCAUAUCCAUUUACCAUACCCCACAUGAUUGCAGAAGCUAAAAGAAAAAGACAUGAAACAGAAGAAAGCGUUAAGUUGAGACAAGAGGAAAUUGUAAAGAAAAUGGAAAAAAUAGAGCAAAUGAAGCAAGAUGUGUAUAAUAGAAUUAAAAACAAGGAAACUGAAGCUAAAGCGGCAAAGGAACGCAAGGAACGACUCAUUGAAGAAGUGCGUAUGCACUUUGGUUACACUGUAGAUCCGCGGGAUGAAAAGUUUAAGGAAAUGUUAGAAAAGAAGGAAAAAGAACAGAAGAAGGCAAUGAAAGAAGCCAAAAAGAAAGCACGUGAAGAAAACAUCAUGACCAAGUUAUUAUCGAAAAAGGCAGAUACAGUAAAAAAGGAUGUAAAUAAACAAUGAAUUUAAUGUCAUAAAUAAAUUAACAAAACGA